UAUUUUGUAAUUUCAGGAUGUACAGAUCUAUCUAUUGACAGACAUGUGAACCACAUAGUCCCAGUGCUUUGUUCUAACUAGGGUGGCGUGCAUGUGCUCUCUCUCUCUCUCUCUCUGUGCUGCCUAUGAAAAUUCUAAUUAACAUCAGUCAAACACAGUUUUCCUAUCUAAUCUUUAAACACUUUCAACACAAGAUUUUAAUAAUUAACCUAAUGAUUAAGAAUGACAGCUACUAAUCUUAUUUAAAAAAAAAAUUAAGUAGAUUCCAGCUGAACAAAAUUUUUUUUAAUUGAAAAACAAUGCUCAACCGGUUUUCAGCAUGCAAGUAUCAAGAUUCUGGUAAAUUUAAUUUCUUUACUGUGCCUUUAAAAAAAAUUAAUUUCCUUCAGGGUUUUUUUUUUUUAAUUCUAGGUCCUAUCCUUCUAGUGUGCAUGGUUUUGGCGUAUUAGGCCCCUCUCUCUCUCCUCCCUUCUCUCUCUCCUCUCUCUCUCUCUCUCUCUCUCUACACAUAUUGAUUUCAUGAGGUCUAUAUAAACACCCGCACGAGCACAUGAACAGCCAAUACAAAACUAGAGCAGAAACCCCCCAUAACUUUCAGAGCUCUCACUUUCUCCUUUCCCCCAUUCCCAUUUCCCCAUUCUCUCCUCGAAUCAAUGGCUGGUCUGGCUGUUAUCCUAGGGGUAUUUUGGGGAUUCUGCAUCCUAAGUGUUGCCUUGCUGAGAUGGAAUGAAGUCAGGUACAGGAAGAAAGGCUUGCCUCCUGGUACCAUGGGUUGGCCAAUUUUUGGUGAAACUACUGAGUUUCUCAAACAAGGCCCUGCCUUUAUGAAAAACCAAAGAUCAAGGUUUGGGAAUUUCUUUAAGUCACAUAUACUAGGGUGUCCAACAAUAGUAUCAAUGGAUCCAGAGCUGAACAGAUAUAUAUUAAUGAAUGAAGCAAAAGGGCUUGUACCUGGUUAUCCACAGUCAAUGUUGGAUAUCUUGGGCAAAUGCAACAUUGCAGCUAUCCAUGGCUCUGCACACAAGCAUAUGAGAGGUGCACUCCUUGCCCUCAUUAGCCCAACCAUGAUUAAAGAUCAACUCCUGCCGAAAAUCGACGAUUUCAUGAGGUCGCAUUUAAACGAUUGGGAUAACAAAGUUAUCGACAUUCAAGACAAAACCAAAGAGAUGGCGUUUCUAUCGUCGUUCAGACAAAUAGCAAGCAAAGAAGCUAUGUCGAUAUCGGAGAAUUUCAUGCCGGAAUUCUUUAAACUAGUGCUUGGAACUCUCUCACUGCCUAUCAACCUUCCCAGCACAAAUUACCACCGGGGUUUUCAGGCAAGACAAAACAUCACAAGCUUGUUGAGGAAGCUAGUGGAAGAAAGACGAGCUUCCGGUGAAAAUCAACACGAUAUGCUUAGUCUUCUAGUCGACGAAAAUAGUAAAUAUAAAUUGAAUAACGAAGAAAUGAUCGACUUGAUCAUUACAAUCUUGUAUUCCGGUUACGAAACCGUUUCGACUACUUCUAUGAUGGCUGUCAAGUAUCUACAUGAUCAUCCCAAAGUGCUUGAAGAACUAAGGAAAGAACAUAUGGCAAUACGAGAGAGAAAGAAGCCUGAGGAUCCUAUUGAUUACAAUGACUACAAGUCAAUGAGAUUCACACGUGCGGUCAUAUUUGAGACAUCAAGACUUGCUACAAUAGUCAACGGUGUCUUGAGGAAAACAACCAGAGAUAUGGAAAUAAAUGGAUAUCUAGUUCCGAAGGGGUGGAGAAUUUACGUGUAUACGAGGGAGGUGAAUUACGACCCACGCCUUUAUCCCGAUCCAUUUACAUUCAAUCCGUGGAGAUGGCUGGAAAAGGGAAUAGAAAAUCAACACCAUUUCAUGAUAUUCGGAGGGGGAACUCGACAAUGCCCGGGGAAGGAACUCGGACUGGCCGAAAUAUCGACGUUUCUUCAUUAUUUCGUGACGAAAUACAAAUGGGAAGAAGUAGGUGGAGAUAAACUGAUGAAAUUCCCAAGGGUAGAAGCGCCUAAUGGACUUCGAAUUAGGGUUUCUGCUCACUAACCACACCCAAUCAAACAGUGUACAGAUGUGGGGAAGAAGAAGAUUAAAAGGAAUUAAUUAACCUAAAAGCAGAGAUCGGAGUAGGUUUUUUGAAUGUACAAAAACAAAUAUUCACCUAACACAUGCAUUAGAGAAUCGAAUGCCCAUUUUUUCUAGGGUAGAAGAACUUGCUGUGUAAAUAAAAUAUAAAUAAACAGCAGUUUAUUUUUGCCUGAAA